AUGGCUGCGCCCCGGCCCAACUGGGAGGAUGAGAAUGACGAGGAUAUUUUCGAUGUGGCUGACCCAAAUAAUGUGUCAGUCGUCGUGGGUACGCCGCCUGUUAACUGGGAAGAGGAAGAUGACGAGGACAUUCCCGACGUGCCUUUCCCAGAGACCAACCUCAAGCCCAACGAGACCGCAAUCAUGCCUCCUCCAUCCAACAGCUCGAUCACGGCUCCUCCUACCAACAACACCUCAACCACGCCUCUUCCAUCCAACAGCACGUCCAUCAUGCCUCCUCCUUCCAACGGCAGCGUCGACAUCUUUAGUGAAGAGACUGUCUUUAUGACCGGCUCUGCCAACGGCACCACCAACUACAUCCGCAUUCUCAACAACAGCACAGUUUCCACCCAGUCCGCACGCACUUGCGACUCCGAUGCCCAGGCGCUCAACGUUGCCUUCCAAGCCUGCAAGGACUACGCUAUCAAGGCCAAGACUGUUGUCGAAAGCGCUACUGAAGACGUCAUUGCCCGCUACUUCACCAGAGGCGACGUCAACACCCGCAACAAGAUUGCCACCCGCUACGGCCUCAUUGCUGAGGAGUGCGGCCGCGCUGGCCAGGGCAUGCUCGGCACUACCUGUGACUCUGACCGCUGCCAGGCCGGUAGCCAGACUGCCUAUGGGGUGGCGUACGUCAACAACCAGGCACAGGCCUUCUACUGCCCGCUCUUCUUCUCCUACUACGACAUGGACGAGCAUGUGUUGAGCAACGAGCCGUGCCUAAAGAGACGCGACCGUAUGACCCACGGCGCCAUUGUCCUCCAGCACGCUGGCUUUGCUGCUGCCAACCUCAGCUUUGAGACUGGUACUCGCUCCGACGAUGCCUAUAGCUAUGCCAACUUUGCGAGUGUCAUGGCUAGCCCUUGCACCGCGACCCGCUAA